AGGACAUUUUAAAUUUCUCCUGAAACCUAGAACCUAGUACGUAUAUAUUUAUGUUGUUCUUUCCAAAUAUUUCGCCCCUCCCGGGUCUGUAUAACAAUAUUUUAUUGCAUUCCGUGGGUUUUAAUGCUCUGUUGAUUUAUUUUGAAACGGAAACACUUUUAAAAACGCAAAAACAAAACGUCCUACUUCUGGUCCCAAUUUGGCUCAUAGCGUUAGCGGCUGAUUGAUCGGAGUUCACUACGUAGGGAGUCGGGAGCCAAUUGAGCAGCAGCCCGUAAUGACGGGUCUCGCCGACUUCUGGACGAGGCGGGUUGUCGCGUAGAGCGCCACCUAGAGUGUUGGAGGGAGGCGGUGUGACUGAAAACAUGAAGUGUGAGCACUUUAAUACAGACAAACGCGUCUUGAAUCACCCGCGACACGAUGCAAAAUACUCAAACUAUUUGACACUUGUGAUUUUAUUAGCAGACAAUGGCAUCCUCGAUAGGUCUGAACAAAGAAGAUUUAUGUAAGGUAUCCACAUUUCCCGGGGUGCACCGCAUGUACACGUCAGAUGAGCGUGGCUGCUGCUGCUGCUGCUGCUGAAAGACCAAAACAGAGCAGUUAGUCCGAAUGACAAUGGAUCCUGCUGGUCCUCGUGUCUUCACAUUACACCUUCAUUACUGACCGUCCCGGGGCUUCGUGGCGAAGGAACAGUUAUGGUAACGUAACCUUGUUCCUGUGUCCAGUUUCUCAGUGGUCUCAUUGGCGAGGAUAAUGUGAAUCAGUAAUUAGUCCCCUGAUUCCUGUGUGGAAAUCUGAAAAGCUCACUGUGUGGGGAUGGCAUGCCCAGUGUCCAUCAUUUGUCGGGCACUCCGCAAUGUGGGCUUGGUUCUCUUCUACUAUGUCUUCUCAAUUGGAAUAACUUUCUACAACAAGUGGCUCAUGAAGGGCUUCCACUUCCCUUUAUUUAUGACACUGGUCCAUCUGACUAUAAUAUUUUGCCUGUCGGCUCUGACACGCUGUGCCAUGCAGUGCUGGACACGGAAGCCUCGAGUUACACUCGGUUGGAAAGAGUACCUGUACAAAGUGGCACCAACAGCACUGGCAACCGCACUGGACAUUGGACUGUCCAAUUGGAGCUUCCUUUUCAUUACUAUCAGUCUGUACACGAUGACUAAGUCUUCCGCUGUUCUCUUCAUUCUGUUUUUCUCCCUAGUCUUCAAACUGGAGGAACCGAACCCAUUCUUGAUCCUGGUGGUGUUGCUUAUAGCCAGUGGGCUUUUCAUGUUCACACUCAAGUCUACACAGUUUAACUUGGAGGGCUUCAUCAUGGUCCUGCUGGCCUCCUUCAUUGGUGGGAUCCGCUGGACCCUCACUCAAGUCCUCAUGCAGAAAGCUGAGCUUGGGCUCCAGAACCCAAUUGACACCAUGUAUCACCUACAGCCACUCAUGUUCCUGGGUCUUUUUCCUCUUUUUGUUCUGAAUGAAGGGCUGGGCUUGAGCACCACAGAGAAGCUGUUCAGGGUGAGUGAGCUCCAGCCACUACUCUACUCUCUCCUGACACUGUCAGUGGGCGGCACGCUGGCUUUCGGGCUGGGUUUCUCAGAGUUUCUGCUCGUCUCCCGCACCUCCAGCCUUACGCUCUCCAUUGCAGGCAUCUUUAAGGAGGUGUGCACUCUGCUGCUGGCAGUAGGGUUUAUGGGUGACAAAAUGAGCAUGGUGAACUGGCUGGGCUUUGUUGUCUGUCUGUCCGGUAUCUCACUACACGUGGGUCUGAAGACAUACUACAGCAAAGGUACUGGCCCUUCAUUAAGACCACUGCCAGGCAGAGACAACCCAGAUAUGGAGCUCCCUCUUCUUACAUCCAGAGAGGAUGCCUGUGAGGUAGAGGAUGAAGAAGAAGAGGAUUGAGCUUAACGGACAAUAGGACAAAGGGAGGUUUUCAGUCUCCAGAAUGAAGAAGGAGAAGUGGACCUUUGGCAUCAUCUCCUUCAUAAUUCUCAUGGUCACAAUGACCACAGACCCAGGAAGAAGUAGCACAACUGGCACAGUAACGGCAAAAGCAUAAGAAGCUAUGAUGCACACCUCAUGGCAAAAGGCUUGAAUUAUAGAAAACCCGGGAUGUUUCAGGAAUAGACACAUCCUAUUCCUUGCUGGGAGGAGGCAGUUUCAACACUGAUUGUGACCAGGGCUAGGGCUGCAUGAUUAAUUUAAACAGUUAAAAAGCAUUUUCACAAAAGGCUUUUAUCGUCAGAGUACCAAAAACUACAGCCCAAAAUGCAUUUUAAUCCGGCAAAACAGAAAUUUGGACAUUUUAGCCAGGCCAUGGGCCAUUUCAGGUCAUAUAAGUUGCAUUGUAACACACCAUUAUAUGUCUAUUAUUUAUUUCUAUCAAGCAGCCCUGACCAAAUUUGCAUUCUCAGUCUGGACUCAGGACCAGUUUCUGUGGGGCCUUAUGUGUUUUUGUUUACAAUGAGAACUGACUCCCUUUGCUGAUGAACAGAAUUAUACCUUGCAAAGGUGUAAUUUUUAGUUAUGUACUAAUGACCUUGAUUCAUGUAAAAUAAACAACUCAUGCCAGGAAUCCACGAAAAGAAAUUUUUCUAAUAUUCUAAUUUGUACUCUUCAUGAUGUAUUGCAAGUUCACGUUAAACCAGUUUCAUAUCUGACUUGCAGACCAAAGCUGAAUAGAUUUAUUCAUUAAGAUGCCUCUUGGCAGAGAGGAUGUUUGCAAAAGCUUUAGCCUAACUUGGUUUAUUUUAAUGUGUUUAGCUUAUUAACCUGCAGUCAGAGAGCCUAUUCAUAAUUCUUCCGUCUGCAGGGAAGUGGAACAAGGUGAUGAUGAUGGGUUUGAAAUUGAAUUGGGUGGUUUACCACACGUAUGUCAAGCUCCAGUCAUAAUGGGCCAAAACACUGCAGACUUGAGCACCCUGCCUUGCUAAAUACACCUGAUUCAGCUCAUCUAAUCAGCUAAUUGGCAAGGCCUGCAUGAACUAAAUUAAGAGUGUUGGAUGUGGGUAAACACUUGUCCUGUAAGGUCCCCGGUUUGACAUGCCUGGUUUACUAUGUCUAGUAUGCUAGAAGCUGCUUUAAAAUGUGUUGCCAGCCUAAUUUUUGAGGUUGUAUGUAAAACUAUUCAAAAGGAUAUUUGAUUAAAAUGGCACCACCUCACUACUGA